CUUCUACCCAACCAGCCACAAUGCCGUUCACCGGUUCAGACAUUUGCAAGAUCAUCUUUGCGAUCUUCCUGCCGCCUGUUGGUGUCUUCUUGGAGAGAGGUUGUGGCGCCGACCUCCUCAUUAACAUUCUCCUGACAUGUCUGGGUUACAUCCCGGGUAUCAUCCACGCGCUAUACAUCAUACUCAAGUAUUAAGACGCAGAUGCUCGGCCUUCGUCAUGAGUGGUCAUGACAAAGAACUUUUGCUUCCACAUCGUCACGUCGUCUUACAUUCCUUAAAGUAGGCCUACACGGACCCCGUCUUUCCUGGUAAUGAAGUACUGUAAUACAUACCCUUCAUUGUCUGAUUUGACAUCUGUUGUCUGACCCGUCGUUGAGUCGUUCUCGAAGUAAACAUUUUGUCGGCUUCGGUCGAGUCUGAGUUCCUCGUAUUACCGGGGCAUAAAUGUAACGCGAUUUUCGCGCAGGGGACUUUGUCUCCUUCGAUUCCGUACCAUCUUCGUUAGCAUUCCCUUCUCCUGUC